AAUUUAUGCAUCUACCAUGAAUUACCUGGAAGAAGGAGAGACCAUGAAUUUGAAUUGCCUCAUCCUGCCAUCAGCAGGAUCAGUCAUCACAAAUGGAGGCUCACUGGUACAAAACAACAAAGAAGCAAAAUGAGGCUGGGUUUGGACAGGACAUGGAAGGUUUGCACCACUCCUGAAACUUAAACCUCAAAAGUCACAUCCUCUCUGCCUCUGAAAAUUCAGAAUAUCAACCAGACAGUGGCCACUCUCAAUGAAGAGCCAAAAUAAAGAACACUGUCCUGACUGCUAUGGGCCUCUUUAUUAGGGUGGAUGUAACAGUUUUAGAUGAAAGAAGAUGCAGUUCCAAAGACUUUAAGUUGCAUGUUGGUCAUUGUAUCUGGUGUGAGCGUUGUCAAUACCACAAAGAGAACAAAGCGUGACCUGAAACAGAACAAAGCUCUACAGGUGGAUUCUGAGCUGGAGAAGAUGUGGGCUGUGGUCAUGAUAUCCUGGAUAAUUUUGUAUGCCAAAGUUUAUGCAGUGCUGAUUCUUUCUGCUAAAGAUGGCUCAGACAUGGGCAGUUCUGGCUGCAUUUCUUCUCUGGCUGAUAAAUCUGGUUAAAGGGCCAGCUUAUGACAUGGUGAGUGUGGAGGCUGGUCAUGAGGUUGUGUUGAGUUGCCCUUAUGUCUCCAAAGCAUCCUUGCUAAUGGUGAUAUGGAAGAUGAAAUGCAGCACCUGCUGCUUGUUGGCCUAUAGAAGUGAUCACAAUGAGACAAGGAAGCUAAACUGCAGUGAGAGGAUGACAUGGAAAUAUUCACCUGACAGUGACUUUGAUCUUCGUAUUUACCCUGUGACCCUUGGCGAUGAAGGGAAUUACACCUGUGAAAUUGUCAGCACUGCAGGAAAUUUCCUUUUUUUCUCCUUUCUGACUGUGAUAGUCCCUCCCACAGUGACUCUGACCUUUGACAAGAGCACAGGGGCAGUCUGUCAAGCAUCUGCUGGAAAGCCAGCUGCUGAUAUCUCCUGGUUUCCUCCAAAUAUCGCCAGCACCAGUGAAGUCCAUCACCCCAAUGGGACAGUGACCAGAGUGAGCUGGGUCAAUACCACGCUUUCGACUGUCACCUGCCUGGUUACCCACCCAGCUACAAACCAGAGUCUGUUCCUAGACUUGCCAUACACUUCCCCCAAGCUUGCCUUUUUUCUGCUAGGAGGAUUUGCAUGUGUUGCUGUUGUCAGUGGUGUGACAUUAUGCUUGUUUUUUAUUUGCAGAGCUCUCCGGUUACACAAAUUGGCACACAGGUCGGCAGCACCAGUUGCAACUAAGAACGUCAGGUCCCCACCAUCAUGGGUGAAAAAGGAAGCAGUCAAGCCUCCUGUCUUAUCAGAACAUAUCUACCAGAAUUACAGUUCAAGAACAGUAUAUAUGAACUAUUGACAGUGUAGGCACAAGCAGUCUAACACCAGCUCAGCCACUGAUGUUACUCAGUUACCUGUACUUCACCUAACAAAUCUCAGACCUUACCGCAUCGCACACCAGCAGAACACUCAAAACUGCCCCACAAAAGCAUUUCUUUCUUGACCCGAAGAAAGUGGCUUACCUGUUUUAGUAAAUUCUUUCUCUCUUUCUCAAAGUAUCAAUACAGCUCUUGAAACAUUUGAAAAUUUUAGGACCAAGUUAGUUUAAUACCUAUCUAACUGUUGUUUGAAAAUGGACUCUGAGGUAUGUGCUGUCUUUCCUCAAAUUAGUGAUUGACAUACUGUGCCAGAGGAACAGACUGCUGGUGAAAAUGCAGCACAUUUUCCAUUUUAGCAACUGGAUUCUCUUUGUAAUUUUGUGUUGGAAACCAGGAAGUGACACAGGGGUCCCCGAAAAUACAGAAGGUCAAAGACACACAUCCAACAGAAAUGCAGAAAUAAGAGUGUGGCUUUUUGGUUUAUUUCUUUCUUUUUUCUCCUGGGUAUGUAGUGGCAGGGUGACACAUGGCACCUGACAUGUGGCAGCUGAGAAUCUAGAAUUCAUCAUCUUUGUUUAUUUCUAUUUUUUUAAAUGUAUUUCUUUUUCCAUUAAACUUGCUGUAUUCAUGAUAAUGGAAGAAAAAAGCCAUUUGCAUACAGUUUUGGUUUACCCAACAUAAGAAGGACACGGAGCUGUUGGAGCAAGUCCAGAGGUGGCCAUGAGGAUUAUCAGCGGCUGGAGCACCUCCCAUAUGAAGACAGGCUGAGAGAGUUGUGUCUGUUCAGCCUGGAGAAGAGAAGCUGCUUGGAGACCUCAGAGCUGCUUCUGUUAUCUGAAGGGGACUACGGGGAUGCUGGACAGGGACUCUUUUGUCUGCUUUUGACAAUCACAGUGCAGGUGUGUUGUGAGUUGUAGGAUGCAAAGCUUUCCAUAAUUCCUUUGCCCCAAACAAAAUGCUGAAGAGUACGAUCUAAGAGAGGCAGAGGAAAUAGUCAGGGUGAUGAGGCAGGAUGAUGGGGGGAAAGACCUCUGGAGAAGCAUCACUGUGAUAAUUAGCUCUGGUUGAAAAGCAUGGUUUCCAUGCUCAUGAUUUUAUUUUCCCCUUUAAUUUGUAUUUGGUAGAAUCAGUCCAGUCGUACACAGUGUGUCAGCAUUUCCAUUAACCUACAAAUUCUGAGCAGACACAGUGCUUGAUGUGCUGAAACAAGGUGCUCAGGCAAUGAGAUGGGUCCCUUUAAUGAUGCAGGUACUUGUUAAAAUGGGCUUUGCUGGAGGUCCCACAGCUCUUAACAGCCAUGUGGGCUAUGCUUUGCCCAAUUUCUUAUUUCUGAGAUGGCCCAAGAGCCAGUCCUGCUUCAGCCCCUCAGAAAAUCAGCUUACAGCGUUGUAGCACGUGUUUACUGUCAGCAAAAAGCUGUAGUUAUCAGCCCACAGAUCAAGGGAGCCCACAUGUUGCAGGCAUUAAAAGGGCUCAGCUGCCUAAUUGUUGCAUCUUCCUUUUGCAAUAAAAUCAGCCCUUGUGCUUUUCAAGCUGUUGUGUAUGAUUAAUAAAACUUAUUAGGCCAAAGAGAACAAUGUGGCUAGUGUGGGUGAUUGUAAGGAAGGCUGGGACAUGAAUAAUGCUUCUC